AUGAUCAUCUUAUUCGGUGUCAUAGUGCUGGGGUUCCGCAGAUGGCGUCACAAACAUCACAACGAAUUCAAGCAAGACGUCCUGUUGGGUUGGUUCAAUUGCCACAAGAGCGCUAACUAUUCGGGAAGAGAAGUAAAUUUCCGCGACGCCUACGGUGAUGGUGGUAAAGAUGACCACUUGGGCAGUGGUUUGGCCAACAAAUUAUUGGACAGUCGUAUCAAGGGACGCUUUAUCAAAGAAAGUCAAAAACGUAGGAUAGUUGUGCUGAGAAAACCAAAUGUGCUUUACCCCAAACACCCGACUGCUUUAGGUCCCGCAAAUGACACGAAUGUAAUACGUAGCGAGGCCGUAGAAACGGCAUUUCCAGUGGCACCCAAUGAUACAAGUCAGCAUCUUCAGGCCUCAGUCCCACCUAGUCGCCAAUUUGCUAAUCUCCGUGUUCUUCGCCACCCAUCCUCUCCCGACCCUUUGACUUUUUCAUUUCCAACUACCUCUUCUCCAGCUAAUUCGAUAUCUGCGCAUUCCUGUAUUGCAACAUAUACCUUAAGGGAGGCGAGGACCUUGCAAGCCCAGAAAUUCGACAAGGGGCCAUGCACUACAGAGUCGAAGGCAGAACAAUCAUUCCAUAUGAAGUUCUGUUUCUAG